CGUCGCGUUCCGUACACACGGACGUGUUGUCAGGGCUUCAUUGUCCGUCGCGAAUGUUUGUCCGUGACAGUUUGGAUCACGCAUCGCGCGACUUGUGCUCGAAGCUCGUUCGCACUCUCGCUUCGAUCGCGAUACACCUGUGCUCACGUUGUGUCCAGCGUGUGUGGCACACGCUGCGUUGCGUCGUGCAGAUCGAUAGCUUGAAAAAGAAAGAAACGGGGUGUCUGGUGGCCCAUGGAGCGUAAACGGCGCGAUGCAACAUUCGAUGCGACGCGACCGCGCGAAACGACAAAUUGCAUAACGCGCUAAUUCCGCGAGAUCACCGCAGCGGGGUCAGGGUCGUUCUUGUUUAUUUAUUUCCUGCAAAAAUCGUCGCGCGGGGGUUGGUAUCCCUGGUGUUUCUCGUAAUACUAUCUCCGCUCCUCACUCACGCCUAUACAAUGUGUUUACGUUGUAACUCGGGAAACGCUGCUUCCAUGUAAGAUCGCACCACACUGAUACGUGUCUGCAAUAUGAAGCGCACGUUGAAACUAAAGGUAGCUGAAGAAGACAGUGAAAGUAAACAGACCUUUGUCAAACAAGAAUCAAUGAACUACAGCUUCGAAGCUUCCUCGUAUGCUAAUUACUCGUCAUCGAGUUCAUCACCAUCCACUAUCGCUCAGCCACUACCAGGACAACCACCUUUGCCUGCUAUGCCACCUCCUAGUGGAGUUCCACCCCAACCUCAUGUAUUUGGACCAGUGCCUUCCCAAGUCGCUCCUAUUUCAACUUGGACACAUGCACACAAUCCUUGGCAUUGGAUAGCUACACAAACAUCUCCCUUACCAUCUCCAACUCCACGUGAGAUUACUAAUACAUUUCAAAGAGAGAUGCCUCUUAGAGGUAAUUACAUACGACGUGAAAGAUUCACUCAUAAUAGAAAUUAUAUGUAUGGUCAAAGAAAUAACUUUCAUCGUAAAAAUAGAAGGCCGGCAAGGGUUGGGCAGUCACAGAGUCAAUUUGAACAAACAGCAUAUUUUAAUCCAACAUUGGCAAGCAGUCUUGGUUUAGAAUGGCAAAGAAAUAAUUAUACUACAACAGGGAAUGAUGUUAUUAUCAAUCACAUGACUGUUCCUCUACCUAAUCAUCCUAUACCAUCUCUCCCAACGGGAAUUGUAACUAGCAGGCAUGGUGAGGAAACAGAGAACCAGGAUGAAAAAAUUGUAUCGGAGGAAGUCGUAGUGAAGAAGAAUAAACAGAGGAAACCAAUGUCCCAGAGCUAUCCUAGUAGACCUUGGAAUAGAGAGGACGCGGAGAGAGCCCUUAAGACUGAAAAUGAAUACAAUAAGACAGUUAAAGCGCAAAGCUUAAUAAUUAAAUUCCCUGAUCCAGAUCUGAAUAAGGAUAUCGUUAGAUUAUUCCAUCCUGGUAUACAAAAUAUACAUUUUCAAAGUCCGAGUGGACCAAGAUAUUGUUUCAUCCAGAUGGCAGAGAAUGUAAAUAUAGACGACACUAUAAAAGAGUUGGAAAAAAUUCCGUUUGGCACAGGACACUUAAAAGUCGAGAGGAAGUCGUUACGAGACGAAGAUAACCCAAUGCCAGAAGAGAUAGAUCCCUAUACUUUAUACAUAGGAAAUUUGCCUGAGUCUGUUAAUGUAAACGAAGUAAAAAGUAAAUUUCCAACUGCUGCACGAGUAGAUGUAGGAUAUGCGCAAAAGAUGAGAAAUACUCGAUAUGCUUUUAUAAGGUAUAAUAGUGUAGAUGAAUCAAUAUCAGCUUAUAAACAAGCGCAUGACCUAAUGUGGGAUACGAGGAGUAUUAUUGUUAGAUUUAGACGGCAAAGAGGCAACACUUGUCUUCCCGGCGAACCUAAGCUUAAUGUUAAGAAAGUUAAAGAGGAAUUUAAGAAAGUUAAAGAGGAGUUUAAGAAAGUUAAAGACGAGCUCAGUAAUGCCGCGCAAGUGAAAAAGGAACAGAAAGCGAAUAAUGUUGAGCCUAAAUCUGGUGUUAAAAAAGUGAAAGAGGAUGGAAAUCAAGUGAAGAAGGAGGAUAAAAUCAACCACACGGAUAAACCAUCGACAAAUCAAGAAAUGAAUAUAGAAGCGCGAUUGCAAGAUAAUUCUAAUAAAGCACAAAAUAGUAAACCAGCAUUGCAAACUCCAGAACAAAAUACGAAUUCUCAUUCAUCUACAUUACCAACUUCGAUUACAUCAGCUAAGACAGUACAAGAACAACAACAACCCUGGACCUCGCAGCCUCCUCAAAUACCUUCAGCAUCAGAAGCUCCACCACCAUGUCCAACAGAAACAGAAACCGUGGAAGAAACGAUAAUGCUUACUGAAAUAAAAGAGGAACCUGUAGAUUACGAUGAAAUGGAUAUGCCUUGUAACAUGCAAUCAGAUGAUGACGAUGACGACGAUGAUGACGAUGACGACGACGACGAUGAUGAUGAUGAUGAUGAUGAUGAAGAAUCGGAUAAUUCUGAUGAUGAUGAUUUUGAACAAGAUGAUGAGGAUGAAGAUAUCGACGAUGAUGGAAAUAUAACAUUCAAUGAUAAACCGCAGGAUAAAGUACCACAAGAUGAUAAAGAGGAACCAACAGAUCAUCUCGACGAGAUGUUUAGCGAAUUAGAAAAUAUGACUGGCGACAUCGGUUUCUUGAAAAAUUAAAUAAAUUAUCAUUUCAAUAUCCAUAAUCACGCCGCCCCUAACAGUUGUCCCAUACUUAAUGUGUACAUAUUAUGUAUGUAGCUAUAUAACGUAACGAAUGAGACUGCAUGUAUUUAAAUAUGAUAGUGUAAGCAUUAUUCUAAUUAAGGCUCCUGUCUACAAUUUAUCUCACUGCAGUCAAAUUGAAUUAUGACGUCAAAAGCGAGAAAUCACGUGGUCUUUUUCUCACACUGUAUAUCGAAAUAAUUGAAUUUUUUCCGCAUGCCAUUAUAGGCGUUCAAUAGUAUGAAUUAGUCAAAUAUACUGACUUUUUUUGUUUCGUAGUAACAAAUAAUCGUAAAUUUUAUACAAUUAUAAAAUCCAUUUCCGUUGAAGAUAUAGAACAUACGUAGAUUGAACAAUAUGUACAUUUGUUAACAAGGGAUAACAAAAUAGAAAGCGUUUUACAUAUUACUAUUACAUAUACAAUUUUUAUAUUAAAUGCAGGUGAUAAUAUGUAAAAAAAAUUUAUUACAGUAUGUAAGAAGUAUGAGAAAAUACGCAUGCUUCCUCACUUUCUCACAACGUCAAUAUUCAAUAUAGCUACAGUUUAGGAGUCUUUUGUAAUUAUUAUCUUUUCCAAUAAAUUUGAAUAUAAGGUUCAGAUACAUAUAUAUAAA